UGUUUAUAAACCGAAUGUUAUCUCCACAUAAAAAUGCGUCCUUAAUAAAGAUACCUAUUUUAAGUUGAAAUUAGUUCUAAUGGCAUCGGUUCUCACUUUAUCAGUUUUCCGAAGGCGGGUACUUCAAAAACCGUUCCUACAAACUUAUUUUGUGACAAAAAACAUUUUGCCUGCAUGCCAUUAUGUGGAAAUCUCCAGAGCAAACAAGUAUCACAGGGACACUGUAUGCAAUCAUGGUAGCAGAAAAUAUCUUCCCUACCUACAUGAUUCGAAGCUUUUGAAUCCUUCACUAACACCGAUCUGGAAGGCUGGAAUCCAAUUGCAGUCUCAUGGAAGUUCGUCCCAUUCACAUGAAUUCAUCGGUAACAAUGUUGGGCCUGUUUCAGGUCCACAACUUGUGAAAUACUUGUUCAGAUACAUUUGGCCUAAAGACAAUUGGGAAAUCAAACGCAGAGUUGUAUUUGCUUCAGGACUGUUAGUUUCUGCUAAGUUACUAAAUGUUGGUGUACCUUUCCUAUUCAAACAUGCUGUGGAUCUGCUCAAUACACAUUUGGACUCCCCCUUGCACAUGGGUGAUCCUCAAGCCACUAUCACAACAGCUGUGUUUACCGUUCUAGCUGCCUAUGGUAUAGCUCGUAUCGGGGCCUCGGGCAUGAACGAACUCCGCAACGCCGUGUUUGCAAAAGUAUCGCAACAUUCAGUACGACAAAUAGCCAAAAAUGUCUUCAUGCAUCUUCACAAUUUAGACCUUAACUUUCAUUUGAAUCGCCAAACAGGUGCCCUUUCGAAGGCUAUCGAUCGUGGCAGCCGAGGCAUUAAUUUUCUUCUAGCUGCCUUACUUUUUAAUGUCGUGCCCACAAUCUUCGAGGUAUCGCUCGUAAGCACUAUUUUGGGAAUGCGAUGCGGUUGGGAAUUUGCCACCAUCACACUCAGUUGCAUUGGUCUAUAUACUGGAUAUACUUUGGCAGUCACCCAGUGGCGAACACGUUUCAGAAUUGCCAUGAAUCAAGCAGAGAAUGAAGCAGGAAACAAGGCUAUUGACUCACUGAUCAACUAUGAAACUGUGAAGUAUUUUAACAACGAAAAAUUUGAAGCCGAAGAAUAUGACAAGUCACUGAAAAAAUACGAAACUGCAUCUUUGAAGACGAAUUCAAGCCUCGCUUUGUUAAACUUUGGACAGCAAGCUAUUUUCAGUGUUGCGCUGACGGCAGUGAUGCUGCUAUCCGCCAAGCAAAUUGUCAAUGGACAAAUGACAGUUGGAGAUCUUGUUAUGGUGAAUGGUCUUCUUUUUCAACUAUCUUUGCCAUUGAAUUUUCUUGGCUCUGUAUACCGGGAAGUACGUCAAGCGGUAAUUGACAUGCAGGUUCUUUUUGCACUCCAAAACGUCAAAUCUUCGAUUCCUGUCACGGCCGCAUUACCUCCGUUGAAACUGGAAACUUUUAAAGAAGCCACAAUCGAAUUCCAAGACGUGCAUUUUCACUAUGGCGGGAACAAAGAAAUUUUCAGUGGCUUAAACUUCACAGUGCCAGCCGGGAAGACGGUUGCCUUGGUUGGGGGAUCAGGUUCUGGGAAAUCGACGCUUAUAAGGCUUCUUUAUCGUUUGUUUGAACCCCAAGAAGGAAAAAUUUUAAUUGGAGGACAAGAUAUCAGCGCUGUAAAUGUUGACAGUCUUCGUCAAUCAAUUGCUAUUGUUCCACAGGAACCUGUACUGUUUAACAACACAAUAUAUUAUAACUUGCAAUAUGGCAACUUUCAAAAAAGCGAAGAAGAGGUUCAUGAAGCGGCGAAAAUGGCAGGAAUUCACGAUUCAAUCAUGUCUUGGCCCAAACAGUACAACACAUCGGUUGGGGAACGGGGGCUGAAACUGUCUGGUGGAGAGAAGCAGCGAGUUGCAAUCGCUAGAGCAAUAUUGAAAACCUCGCCAAUUCUGAUAUUCGAUGAAGCCACAUCGUCUUUAGAUUCCGUAACCGAAAGUAAUAUCAUGGAAGCAUUGAAAAAGGCUACAACCAAUAGAACUUCAAUCUGCAUUGCUCAUCGAUUGACCACUGUGAUUGAUGCAGAUGAAAUUUUCGUGCUCCAAAGCGGACGUAUAGUGGAGAGAGGGACACAUCCCGAAUUGCUUGCAACAGCUAAUAGUGUGUAUGCCAAACUAUGGAAUACCCAAUUCAGAACCCAUGGCUAAGCCAGACCUGAAUUUGUGACCGGUCAACAUAUGCCUGACAGAAAGCUGUGAGUUAAAAAGCUUUGUUUUUAGACAUAAUUGUAUAGGGCUUCAAGAAUUAUGAGAAGAUAAGUCAUAAUGAAAAAUGGGAAAACUAUCAAUGGGAAAUUAAAUUUCUUGACAAAAUGGAGCCAGCAAUCUAACACUAUGCCAAUUGUAAAAAUAAAAAGAUUGGUUCCCAAAAAA